AUGUCGACGUGCUUCCGGGAGACAAGCCCGGACGGUUCGGAAAGCGAUGUUGCUGACGAGCGUGCAAUCGUUCCUGGUAGUGCCGAGUUUCAAACGCUGGACGGAGUCGAGACCCGGCGACCUUGGUCCAAAACGGAGUUUCAUCCAGCGACGGUCUCGAGUACGGCGUUGGCUGCAGCCACGAACUAUUAUCUGGAGCGAGGACCUAGCGCUGCACCCGACGAGGAGGACGUUUUUGGUGCGCGUCUCGAAAGACAGGUUUUCGGAAUCGCUGACGAGACAGAAGACGCUGCAGCACUGAGCUUUGGACGCGGACGACGCGGACGACAAAGAGGUCGUCGGCCUGCAGCCCGGCUUGCACCAGAGUUGGAGCCGCUGUUGGCCAGGGCACACCUCUGCUACCUGGAGAACCAGCUCCAUGACGCUGUGGUUGCUUGCCAUGAAGUCAUUGUGAAGGAUCCCAAAGCAGUCCCGGCAUACAAGACGCUGAGUUUGAUCCAUAGCGCUCGCGGUGAGUGGAGCAAAGCACUCGACUUGGCGCUCAUUGCCGCGCAUUUGAACCCGCACGAUGUGGACUGGUGGAAGUACAUUGCCUCUGAAAGCGUUCGCAUGGGCAAGCCUCGACAAGCGAUUCACUGCUUGACGAAAGCGCUGAGCGCCACACGCGGCCAUGAUGAGGAAGCGCUGCGUGAACGUACCUACCUAUUCCUGCAGAUAGGCGAUGAGAAGCGGGCAGCAGCUGGCUUCGAGCAGUUGCUGCGCAUGGAACCCGCUGACGAGGAUGCCGUCGUCAACCUGGCACGUCUGUAUCUGGAACGCGGCGAGGCAGCGACUGCGGAGACACUCUUGACCAAAUGGUUGGAUGAUAUGCGUCGUCGAGAGCGCGUUCGGGCGGGAUCCUCGAACACCUCUGCAUUGGCCGUCGGAACUGGUUUCGAGCAGGCGCUUACGGGGUUGCCACCACUCUACAGCGGACCUCGAAGUGCGACUGGACUCAGAGACUCAGCUCGAACUCGGUACGGACUCGUGGAACCAGAACGUAGAUCACAGAGACCUCUGCUCGCACAUGUGCGAGCUCAAGAGGCCUUGGCGGAUGCCCAGUUGCUCCAGGGAAAGGCCGCCGAGGUCGCUGCUACCAUGAACUAUCUAACGCUAAUGCUCACCGCCGUCCGCAUUGCUCGAAGGCGAUCUCGUGAAUCGACGUUGACUGUCUCUGGGACCAAGUCGCUGCCAGCAGGCAAGGAUGGAAACGCUCCUGCCACUGCAGACGAGAAGGAGCAAUCACGAAUGACCUGUUCCAAUGGAAUCACGGACCCAGCGGAUGUUUUACCAUUACGACUUCGAGCUCGACUAGCGCUGGCCCAUCUUCUACUGGGCGAUCCAAAACCCGCGCAACGAAUUGGUGCGCUGCUUGUAUGCGAGGAGCAAGUACCUUUGCUUUAUUUUCAUGAUCUUUUAUAUCAUUUUCGUCGGAUUCUGGCACAGACGACAGAGCACGAGCUGGAGUUUGCCAUCUUGCAGCGCUUGCGGCAGUUUGGACCCUACGAUCAGGAUACGGAACUGAGGCAACGAUUCGACUGGCUGUCAAGGGUCUGCGAAAACAGCGAUGUAGCUGCGCCCGCGCCACAAGCGCCCGUGAAGUCUGUUCAACGGAGGGCGCAGCAACGUUCACGCGAUCCUGAAGAGAAGAAUGCAUCACGCGGGCACGUGAAGCCUGAACGCAGUGUCGACAAGGAGCGUGCACCUCGUGACGAUAGACGACGCGCACGCAAGGACUUGGAAUCCGGGUCCUGCGCUGUUCAGGAUACAUCCUCGGCUGGUGCGAGCGACUCGACGGAGUACGACAUCCCGAAGCAGCAUACACGUUCGCUACGCCGUCGAUCGGACGCUGGUCGAGGACAUGCUCCCGAUCAGGCACCGAAUGGUGCUACUGAUGCACCCGACAAGGAGCCUAAUGCAGGGGCUUUAGCGCCGGAUCCAUCAUCAAAGGAGCGCAAGCGACGUCGCACGAGACAAUGA